UGUUCCAAGAUGGCGGACCGUCGAGAGUCAGGGAGAAUCAAAGAUAUAUCUAGCAGAAAAAUUCUUGAUAAUGAAACUCGAAAAAGACGUCAGAAAAGGCAGCUGGAGGCCUUAGAGAAAGACAACUUUCAAGAUGAUCCUCAUGCUCACCUUACGAUAGUCCCUGCUAAAAUGAAGGUUCCUGCUUUUAACGACACUAUGGAAGAUAAAAGGAAGAAGAGGAAAUCCAAAACAGGAGAGUUGUUUAAACAGAGAUUUCGGAGAACAUUUGUCAUGCUUUUGGAGGAGGCACAACAAGAAGCAGAAGCUGGUGAACCAUCCUAUACCUCAGCCAAGGUACCUCCCUCAAAAUUCCCAGAGAGACACUUCUGUGCUGUGUGUGGAUUUCCCUCAAACUACACCUGUGUGUCUUGCGGAUCGAGAUACUGUUGUGUCAAGUGUCUGGGAACACACCAGGACACAAGAUGCCUAAAGUGGACAGUGUGACGGCUGCUCUUAUUAAUAUUGGCCUCUAUGACAUUUUCCUUACAACUCUUGGUCAAGAACAGAACCUUUAAGAGCUAUAGAAGACGUCUCAUUCGAUGAGUGACUAUUGUCGCAGUUAAUUGUUCCGAGAAUACGUCAAACUUACCACUGCACGUUCCACUGACAGUGUACGAGGAGGAUCUAGGGAAUGUUCCAACCCUUUUUCUUUGGUAAAAAGCGUUCGUAAGGGUCAUCGAUGCGCUCACACGUCGUCUUCCCAACAUAACGCCCACAGUACCUCGAUUUCAGGUCCCUUCGAAGAAACGCGUUGAAAUCGACCCUCUAUUCGCUCACAUCUUUCGGAACUGACUUUUUGUGGCAUAUAUAAUUUUACAUUUUUUAAUGUAAUAGGAAAAGAACUGAAGGAACUAAAGCAACUGAAUUUGUUUGUGUGCUGUAUUGUGCCGUUUCCAUGUGACUGUUUAAUCCUGUUGGUCUUUAAGAAUUUCUUGUGAAAGUGUCGUAAUUAUAACAACGGCAAAAGGUUGCAACAACAGAUCCUUGCCACUGGAAGUGAAACGGCGAAACCCAAAUUAAACCAGAAAACGGAGAAAAAUUAGCUUGAAAUGAGGUUGUGAUGAACUAAGUUUCUGUUUGAAUUUGUCGUAUAUUUUGUAUUCUGAGUCCAUCAAAUAUUUUAGCUCGCCCGCUUGCGAUGGGUUUAAACGAGUCACAUAACUAAAUAUGCCUUGGUUAAAAGUUCGUGACAUCCGCUGAUAUUCCCUAAAUGAUAUUCCACAAUUUUCCAGUCCCAAUUUUCAAUGUGACAAGGGUCUUCCUGUUAAAUUUUGUUCAAGCAGGAAGAGUGUUCGCUACCAUCAGACAAAUCAAAGAUAAAGGGGAAGAGGAGGCAGUUUGGUUUGUUCAUAAAAUCUCGCUGAAAAGUCAACACCGUUUUCGACGGUAUGCUGUUUAUAAAAGCUUUGUUCAACACGCUGAAAAAAAAAAUUAUACAUGUAUCUGAAGAUUGAUAAACACGAUAACCUUUCUUUGAGCUUGAAAAUUUGUCCAUGGACAUUCGCUGUUCCCCGAAGUAUGCAUUUUUCUCCGAAAAGGCUUCUCGUUGCGAAGAGAUGUCCGUCCGAGCAAAUAUAUUUUAUUCGCUUGUUUUCUCUUCUGGUGCCUAAAGAACUGCAGGGUCCAGUUGCUCGAAGGCCGAUUGGCGCUAACCCAGGGUUAAAUUUUAAUCCAGGUUUCUAUAUU